AAUAAGAUAUGAGUUAAAAGCUGAAAAUUAGAAAACCCGCUCCAGAUUUCACAGCCCAAGCUUACUUGAAUGGAUCAUUCAAGAAGGUGUCACUUUCUCGAUUUCAAAGGCAAAUACUUGGUCUUAUUCUUUUAUCCAUUGGACUCCACUUUUGUUUGCCCAACUGAGAUCAUCGCUUUUUCUGACAGAGCUGAAGAAUUCAGAAAGAUUGGAUGCGAGGUUGCUGCUGUUUCAGUCGAUUCACGUUUCUCUCACAUGAAGUAUUGCCAAACCCCAAGAAAUCAAGGAGGAUUGGGCGAUAUGCAAAUUCCUUUGAUUGCUGACAUCGCAAAGACUAUUUCUGCUGAUUAUGGAGUUCUGAUCGAUGAUCCUUAAGAUGGAGAUUUCGGAGUGGCCUUCAGAGGUACAUUCAUAGUUGACAAGAAUGGUGUUCUCAGACAUUAUUCAGUCAAUGAUUUGCCAGUCGGAAGAAAUGUCGAUGAAACAUUGAGAUUGGUAUAAGCCUUUUAAUUCACUGACGAACACGGUGAGGUAUGCCCAGCCUCAUGGAAACCAGGAAAACCAACUAUGGUUCCUGAUCACGGAAGCCAAAAGCUCUAACAAUAUUGGACUGAAGAACACGCAAAGAAAGAAUGAUUGAGUCAUUUAUUAAAUCAGAAUUUAUAAAAUUGUUCUUCUAUUAAAAUUAUUUGUGGUUAAUUAAA